UCUCUACGCCAAUGGCCGCCAUCUUGAGUGAUAAGUGAGGGACGGUCAUCUACGAAGCCACCGACAUUAAAUACUGAGGAAUAAAAACAACAAGAGGAACUGGUGCAUCCAGAGAGCAACAACCCUAGCGUUCGGCUAUGGCGCAAAUUCUUCCGAUUCGUUUUCAAGAGCACCUGCAGCUCCAAAAUGUGGGUAUCAAUGCAGCAACGAUUGGGUUCAGUACCCUCACUAUGGAAUCAGAUAAAUUUAUCUGUGUGCGAGAGAAGGUUGGUGAAACAGCUCAAGUUGUUAUUAUUGAUAUGAAUGAUACAGCCAACCCAAUUAGACGACCUAUAUCAGCUGAUUCAGCUAUUAUGAACCCAACCAGUAAAGUUAUUGCUCUCAAAGCUGGAAAAACUUUACAGAUUUUUAAUAUUGAGAUGAAAAGUAAAAUGAAGGCCCACACUUUAACAGAUGACGUUAUUUUCUGGAAAUGGAUUUCGGUAAACACCAUUGGUUUGGUUACAGAAACUACAGUUUUUCACUGGACAAUGGAAGGUGAUUCACAACCACAGAAAAUUUUCGACAGACAUACAAACUUAACAGGUUGUCAAAUUAUCAACUAUAGAACUGAUGCCAAACAACAAUGGUUACUUCUAGUAGGAAUUUCAGCUCAGCAAAAUCGUGUGGUUGGAGCCAUGCAGUUAUAUUCCGUUGAGAGAAAAGUCAGUCAACCCAUUGAAGGUCAUGCAGCUGCCUUCUCACAAUUUAAACUGGAAGGAAAUCCCCAUGUAUCUACACUCUUUCUGUUUGCAGUUCGAGGUCCACAGGGUGGAAAGUUACAUGUUAUUGAAGUCGGGCAACCACCAGAGGGUAAUCAACCAUUUGCCAAGAAAGCAGUUGAUGUUUAUUUCCCAGCAGAAGCCCAAAAUGAUUUCCCAGUAGCCAUGCAGGUGAGCCCUAAACAUGGUGUGGUAUUUUUAGUGACUAAAUUUGGGUACAUCCAUCUACAUGAUAUAGAGACGGCCACAUCUAUUUAUAUGAACAGAAUUAGUGGAGAAACUAUCUUUGUUACGGCACCACAUGAAGCAACGUCUGGUAUAAUUGGUGUAAAUAGAAAAGGACAGGUAUUAUCAGUAAGUGUAGAAGAAGAUACGAUUGUACAAUAUGUUGCUAAUAAUAUCAACAACCCAGACUUGGCUUUACGUGUGGCAUCUAGAUGUAAUCUACCAGGUGCAGAAGAUCUCUUUGUUCGUAAAUUUAACAACUUAUUUCAAGCUGGAUCAUAUGCUGAAGCUGCCAAGGUUGCUGCAAGUGCUCCAAAGGGUAUUUUAAGAACUCCUCAAACAAUCCAAAGAUUUCAACAAGUUCCUGCUCAACCAGGACAAACAUCACCACUGUUCCAAUACUUUGGUAUUUUAUUAGAUAAAGGUCAACUGAAUAAAUAUGAAUCUAUAGAAUUAUGUCGUCCUAUACUCCAACAAGGUCGACAACAACUUCUAGAAAAAUGGGUUAAAGAAGAAAAGCUUGAGUGUUGUGAAGAACUUGGAGAUUUAAUCAAACAGGCUGAUUCUACCUUAGCUCUCUCAAUAUACCUUAGAGCAAAUGUGCCAAAUAAGGUCAUUCAAUGUUUUGCUGAGACAGGUCAGUUUCAGAAGAUUAUUCUCUACUCAAAGAAAGUUGGUUUUACUCCCGAUUUUAUCUUCUUAUUACGUAAUAUAAUGAGAAUGAAUCCAGAACAAGGUUUACAAUUUGCUCAGAUGUUAGUAGCAGAUGAUGAACCACUGGCUGAUUUAAAUCAGAUUGUUGACGUAUUUAUGGAGUUCAACUUGAUACAACAAUGUACAUCAUUCUUACUGGAUGCCUUGAAGAACAAUCGACCAGCUGAAGGGCCAUUACAGACUCGACUCUUUGAAAUGAAUUUACUCUCUGCUCCUCAAGUGGCUGAUGCCAUUCUUGGUAAUCAAAUGUUCACUCAUUAUGAUCGAGCCCACAUCGCCCAACUUUGUGAGAAGGCUGGUCUUUUACAAAGAGCUUUGGAACAUUAUACAGAUUUAUAUGACAUCAAAAGAGCCGUAGUACAUACACAUUUAUUAAACCCUGAGUGGUUGGUAAAUUAUUUUGGUGCGAUAUCUAUCGAUGAUUCACUGGAAUGUUUACGUGCUAUGUUACAAGCUAAUAUCAGACAAAAUCUACAAGUAUGUGUCCAGAUAGCAUCAAAAUACCAUGAACAACUUGGAACUCAAAGUCUAAUAGAACUCUUUGAAUCAUUCAAAAGUUAUGAAGGUUUAUUCUAUUUCCUUGGCUCGAUUGUCAACUUCAGUCAAGAUGCUGAUGUACAUUUUAAAUAUAUCCAAGCUGCGUGUAAAACUGGUCAGAUUAAAGAGGUAGAAAGAAUAUGUCGGGAGAGCAACUGUUACGAUCCAGAGAGAGUAAAAAAUUUCCUCAAAGAAGCCAAGUUGACAGAUCAGCUUCCACUCAUUAUUGUUUGUGAUAGAUUUGAUUUUGUUCACGAUUUGGUUCUCUACCUCUAUAGAAAUAGUUUACAGAAGUAUAUAGAAAUUUAUGUACAAAAGGUAAAUCCAGCUCGUCUGCCUGUAGUUGUAGGUGGUCUUUUAGAUGUUGAUUGUUCAGAAGAUGUCAUUAAACAAUUGAUUUUAGUAGUAAAAGGCCAAUUCUCCACAGAUGAACUGGUUGCAGAAGUAGAAAAAAGAAAUAGAUUGAAACUGUUACUACCCUGGUUAGAAACUAGAAUACAUGAAGGUGUUACAGAGUCUGCUACCCAUAAUGCACUAGCUAAGAUAUAUAUAGACAGUAAUAACAACCCAGAACGAUUUCUUAGAGAAAAUCAGUUUUAUGAUAGUAAAGUUGUGGGUAAAUAUUGUGAAAAGAGAGAUCCACAUUUAGCAUGUGUAGCUUAUGAACGAGGAUUAUGUGAUGAAGAACUUAUCAAGGUGUGUAAUGAGAAUUCGUUGUUUAAGAGUGAAGCUAGAUAUUUAGUGAGAAGAAAGGAUACAGAUUUAUGGGUUGAAGUAUUGAAUGAAAGUAAUGAAUACCGACGACAACUCAUUGAUCAGGUGUGUACCACAGCUUUAUCAGAGACUCAAGAUCCAGAAGAGAUAUCCGUCGCUGUAAAAGCUUUCAUGACUGCCGAUUUACCUAAUGAACUUAUUGAAUUAUUAGAAAAAGUUGUACUUGAGAGUUCUGUUUUCAGUGAUCACAGAAAUUUACAGAACUUAUUGAUUCUGACAGCAAUCAAAGCCGAUCGUACCCGUGUUAUGGAAUAUAUUAAUCGUUUAGAUAAUUAUGAUGCACCAGAUAUAGCUAACAUAGCCAUUACCAAUGAAUUAUAUGAAGAAGCUUUCGCUAUUUAUAAGAAAUUUGAAGUCAAUACAUCAGCUAUUCAGGUUUUGAUUGAUAAUGUAAGUAAUUUAGAUCGAGCCUAUGAAUUUGCUGAAAGAUGUAACGAUCCAGCUGUCUGGUCACAACUUGGUAGAGCACAGUUGAAAAAAGGCAUGGUAAAAGAGGCUGUAGACUCAUUCAUAAAGGCUGAUGAUCCAACAGAAUAUAUGGAAGUUGUCUCAGUUGCAAGCAAAAAUGAUAAAUGGGAAGAUUUAGUUAAAUUCCUUCAAAUGGCCAGAAAGAAGGCCAGAGAAACUUAUGUAGAAACAGAACUUAUUUAUGCGUAUGCUAAAACUAACAGAUUGGCUGAUUUAGAAGAAUUUGUCUCUGGACCAAACCAUGCCAACAUAACACAGGUGGCUGAUAGAUGUUUUGAUGAUAAAAUGUAUGAUGCUUGUAAACUAUUAUAUAAUAAUGUAUCUAAUUAUGCCCGUUUGGCAAUUACUCUAGUCCAUCUAGGAGAAUAUCAGGGAGCCGUUGAUGGGGCACGUAAAGCUAACAGUACUAGAACAUGGAAAGAGGUGUGUUUUGCAUGUGUGGAUAAUACUGAGUUCCGUCUGGCCCAAACUUGUGGUCUCCAUAUUGUUGUACAUGCUGAUGAAUUAGAAGAACUAAUUAAUUAUUAUCAGGAUCGAGGAUAUUUUGAGGAACUCAUAUCAUUAUUAGAGGCAGCUUUAGGUUUGGAAAGAGCACAUAUGGGCAUGUUUACAGAAUUAGCUAUAUUAUACUCCAAAUAUAAACCAGAAAAAAUGAGAGAACAUCUGGAGUUGUUUUGGUCUAGAGUUAACAUUCCAAAGGUGUUACGAGCUGCCGAUCAGGCUCAUUUAUGGUCCGAGUUAGUUUUCCUAUAUGAUAAAUAUGAAGAGUAUGAUAACGCUAUACUAACUAUGAUGAACCAUCCUACAGAAGCUUGGAAAGAAAGCCAAUUUAAAGAUAUCAUUACUAAAGUUGCCAAUAUUGAAUUAUAUUACAAAGCUAUUCAGUUCUAUUUGGACUUUAAACCAAUACUCCUGAACGAUUUACUUCUUGUUCUUACGCCCCGAUUGGACCACACCCGAUCAGUCAAUUUCUUUACGAAAGCCAAUCAAGUUCCACUGGUUAAACCGUACCUGAGAUCCGUUCAGAAAAACAACAACAAGGCCAUUAAUGAAGCUCUUAAUAAUUUAUUUAUUGAAGAAGAAGAUUACCAGGGACUGAGAGCUUCGAUUGAUGCUUAUGAUAAUUUCGACAAUAUCUCUCUGGCACAACGUCUUGAGAAACAUGAUUUGAUUGAGUUUCGUCGUAUUGCUGCCUAUCUAUAUAAGGGUAAUAACAGGUGGAAACAGAGUGUUGAUUUAUGUAAAAAAGACAGAUUAUUCAAGGAUGCUAUGAUGUACGCUGGUGAAUCCAGACUAGUUGAGAUUGCUGAAGAACUGAUUGCAUGGUUCUUGGAACAAAAGAAUCAUGAAUGUUUUGCAGCCUGUUUGUUCCAGUGCUAUGAACUAUUGAGGCCCGAUGUUAUUCUAGAACUUGCAUGGCGUCACAAUAUAAUGGACUUUGCAAUGCCAUACAUGAUUCAAGUUAUGAGAGAGUACACAUCAAAGGUGGAUAAAUUAGAACAAUCAGAUGCUGUAAGAAGUGAAGAAGAACAAAGAGCUGAAGAGAGACCAAUUGUUAUAGCUGAGCCACAACUCAUGUUAACACAAGGUCCUGGAAUGAUGCCACCUCCCCAACCAGGCUACCCAGGAGCAGCAUAUGCUGGUGUACCUCAACAGGGCAUGGCCAUGCCAGCUUACGGAUACAGUAUGUAGAUAUAUAGACACAAGAGAGAGAGAGUAAACAACCUCCUCCACUAAAUUGUACAUUGUUGUGUAAAUUAUGUGAAGAAAAUAUUUACAAGAAAGGCAGUUGAACUGAUUUGGCUUUUCAUCACGAUGAGAGAGUGAGAACAUCACUUGAAAUUAUGUAAAUGAUACAAAUGAAUUUCUACAUUGAAAUUCUAUAUUCUCUUGGGUUAGUUUUUAUGAGUAACUAACCAGCUUAAUAUUAAAACACGAAUCACAUUCCUGUACUCUGGUUAAUUUAAAUGUUUUACUUGAUUAGUUUGCUAAAAUGAAUUUUGAAAUAAAAGAAGAAAGUGCUAAGCAUAGUUUAUAAUAUUAAAUCAUACAGUUUCUAGAUGUCAUAUUAUUAGUAUUUAUUAUUACAUCGCAUGUUGACGAUCAUCAUUAAAUAAUAGAUAUAAAUAUAUAGACAACACGAGUUAAUAAAUAAUGUGUUUUCAAAUAUAAAAUAAUAGAAGGAAGUUGAGUAAGUUUAAGUAUUGUGUCACUGUGAACGUACGUACGGUAGUUAGAAGGGUUGGAGAUCAGUUUUAUGAGGUACAGGUGGGCAAUUAGUUUAAUGCGAUAUAAAUUUAUAAACCAAAGGGACCGAGUUAAAGGAAAAUAAAGAAAAUUUUGUAUAUAAAGAAAUAUCCUGUGGUGUGUGUAUAACAUUUUUAAGGCUAUUUCUUGCAUAUGCUCUACUUUCACUUUCUUUUGUUACUUAAAUCAAACAGCAUUGAUAUCAUACAACAUCAGGUCAUAGGUUUCAACUAUUUGUCUCUACAUAAUGUACCCUUAAAGUUGCUCAAUCAGCACCAUUUACAGGUAAAAAUUGCACAGGUCUAUUACUACAGAAUAUUUAUAAUUAUUAAUCAAUAUGCAAAAUUAUAAGAAAAUCGAUUCUUUUAAAUUUUCCUUUCUUUUCUCUUUUUUUUUCUCUCAAGAGUUUGCAGAUUCAUUUAUGCCUAAAUUCAUAAUAAUAGUUUGUAUUACUUGGCCUCCCUACAUUGGGUUGUCUUGCGUGCUAAAAGUUGCUUCACUUUUUUUUGUUUUUAUCCUUUAUGAUAACAAACUGUAUAAAAACAAUUCCUAGAGUUUAUUUUGAUUUUAGCUAGAGAGAACUUUUGUUAUUAUUGUUACAUAUAACUCAUUUAUUAUUAUUAUUAUUAUCUUAUUAUUAAACAUUUAAUAUAUAUUGUGUCCUUAAUUUGAUCAUAUAAUUUUAGUUAGGGUUAAUUUCUGAUGACCUUUUGUAAGAGGUUAGUGAUUGCCCACAAGAUUAGUAUAUAUCGAAGAAAUAUGUGUCAUGUAUGAUGAAAAAGUUUACACCAUCUAGUAUGUAACAUUUUGUCAUUAUAUAAAAUAAAAUAAGCCAAUACUAGCCCUGAUGUUAUUAGUUGUAUUAAAUACAUGUCAUGAAUAAAUAUCCUAUACAAAACA